UUGUAGCGGUAAGCCUAGACGAAGGCUGAGCUGCCCUGAGAACUUGCCUUGUUUCAAAAGAACAAGCACAGCAACCCGAACUUGGAAAGAAUAAUCCUGCAGGCACACAGGGCUAAGCCAGUAGAGAUUCCCUGCAUCAGCGUCAGCUCUGCAUCGGCUAUCUUUUGGCCCUGUGUCAGCCCCCUGCUGAUUCUGCACUGGCCUGGUACUAUGGAUCCCCUGGGAGCACGCCCCCGGUUUGUGGAUAUCCGGAAGUUGCCCUCCUGGGCCCAGUCCAAGACAGGGUUAAAGUCCAGUAGUGGAACCAGGGACCACAGCCACAGCCUGACCAACCAGCAUGGGGUGCUCUUUUCUCCCUUCCCUUUCCGAGAGGACAUCAACAGGAAGAUAAUUCUCUUCACUGGAGACGUAGGUCUACUGAACUGCACAGCCAUCGUCAACACGAGUAAUGAGGUCCUCAGUGAGAGGAACCCUGUCUCUGACAACAUCCACAGGCUGGCAGGGCCAAAGCUCAGAGAAGAGCUGCUCAAACUCACAGGGUGCGGCCCGGGUGAGGUGAAGAUGACCGAGGGCUUCGACCUCCCGGCUCGUUUCAUUAUUCACACAGUGGGACCGAAGUACAGGGCCAAGUACAGGACAGCAGCUGAGACCGCCCUCUACAACUGCUACAGGAAUGCCCUGCAGCUGGUGCGAGAGGAGGCCAUGACGUCCAUAGCUUUCUGUGUGAUCAGCACAGCAAAGAGAGGAUACCCAUUAGAAGAUGCCACUCACAUAGCACUCAGGACAGUGCGCAGGUUUCUAGAGAGCCACGGUGCGAGCUUGGAGGCGGUGGUGUUUGUGGUGGCGGAGGGAGAGGAGCCCGUGUACAGGAAGCUGCUGCCGCUGUACUACCCGCGCUCGCGGGAAGAGGAACGCAGCAGCCUGGCCCUCCUCCCCCGCAACGUGGGGAACUCCGAGGGAGCGCCCGUGGUGCCUGACAGGCAGAUCCGCAUCACAGACAAACCUGGCAGCAUGGACGAGGACUCGGAUGAUGGUACGCUGGGCCUGGGGCUGGUGGGAAGGCACGCCUUUGCUCGUAUGGAGGGAGAUGUGGACAAACAGCGCAAACUCCACCUGCAGGGCCAGAGGUCUCAAGCAGCACUGCACAGACAAGCCCUGAGGAAUUACAGCCGCUGGCUACGCAGAGCGAGAACGGAGGACCUGUCUCACAUAGCAGCACUCAAAGCCUUAUAUCAGACUGGAGUGGACAGGUAUGGACGUCCGGUUAUGGUCAUCGUUGGGAGAAAUAUUCCAGGCAGACUGAUAGACAUGGAGAAGGCCCUGCUAUACUUCAUCCACGUGGUGGACCCCAUUGCUGUGAAGGAGUACGUGAUAGUGUACUUCCACACGCUGACAAGAGCCCACAAUCGGCUGCACUCAGACUUCCUCAAGAAGCUCUACGAUACUGUGGACCCCAAGUUUAAAAAGAACUUGAGGGCCUUCUACUUCGUACACCCCACAUUCCGCUCUAAGGUGUGCACCUGGUUCUUCACCACCUUCAGCGUCUCUGAUCUGAAGGAGAAGGUGCAGCAGGUGCAGUCCCUGCGGCAGCUCUUUAACUACAUCGUCCCAGAGCAGAUUGACAUCCCAGCCUUUAUCCUGGAGUACGACGCCCAGAUUAACCGGCGAUACCGCCCCACCCAUUACUCCGGUCUCUGAAGAAACAGGCCGGACUCCAACACCGCCCCCCCCCCAGAUCCGGGUUCCGCACCUGCUUAGUGAUUGACUAGUUCGCCCCCUCUGACCACGCUGGCGCCACAUACGUGUGCUUCAGGCCAUGGUCAGGCUACGAGCGGCUGCACAUUCAGAACAAGAACCUCCUUCCUCAAAACCAGCAAGCCCAGAGAGACAAAACACUGGACUCGCCUUCACUUAG